GAAAAGACAACCAUAACAUAAACAUUCAUACUCUGUGUACAAAUAAAGGACUGCAGGAAUUCACACAUACCAUGUCACGUUAUUCAAAUGAUAACGACUCGCUUGAUGAUUUGGAUUCCACCUUGGACAAAGCGUUGAACAACGCUUCAAAUAGUUUAUUCAACAGUUCUCGUCACAGCUCUCAAGGGUCUAUCGGAGGUAUUCCUUUGACAAGUUUUGGUAACAGUUCCAACGGACUCCACGAGAAUCGUGUGGCCAGUGGCGGAGCUGGCAACUCCAACGGUACUCGAUACGAAGAGUUUCACCAUGACGAUAGCUCUCCACUAAUAGGAAACCGAUUCCAACAAACUAAUAGGUCAUUUGAUUCGACGUCAAGCUUGGAUAUCAAUCUCAACCGAGGAUUCAGCCUCAAGAAGGUGAUACGGCAGGUGGUGAACUUCUUCAAGCUAGCCAAAUUCGAGUUGAACCAAGAGAGAAAUAAAUUCAAUAGCGAAGAUGACAGCGAAGAACGGUUUAUAACUCCUCGUAACAACAAGGUGAAAAAUCAGUAUCCCACUAAUGCCAUUUCCAACGCUAAGUAUAACCCCAUCACAUUCAUACCCAUCAUUUUGUACGAACAGUUCAAGUUUUUCUUCAACUUGUACUUCUUAUUAGUGGCAUUAUCGCAGAUUGUUCCUCAAUUAAGAAUUGGGUUUUUGAGUUCGUAUAUUGUGCCUUUGGCCUUCGUGUUGAUGGUCACAAUGAUGAAGGAGGCAACUGAUGACAUAUCCAGACGUAGAAGAGAUAUCGAGCAGAAUAACGAAUUAUACGAAGUUUUGAACAGGUCCGGCUCAACUGCAUUGACAAACGAAACCAAACUGAUACCCUCGAAGAACUUACGAGUUGGCGACUUAGUGAAGAUUUACAAGAAUAAGCGGAUUCCUGCCGAUAUAAUACUUUUACAGUCGAGUGAUCAAGAAGGAAACGGAGAAGCAUUUAUAAAAACUGAUCAAUUAGACGGGGAGACCGACUGGAAGUUGAGAAUAGCUCCAAACUUGACACAGCACACUAACAGUAUCUCAGACUUGAUAGACGACUUCUCCCUUAUUAUCAGUAAGCCUACCAAAUCAAUUCACCAUUUCAAUGGGAAGCUUGUGUACCAUCCCAACGGGUACAACAAUUCUAACUCUGAACAACUUCCCUUGACAAUAGAUCAAACAAUGUGGGCUAACACAGUGUUAGCAACAGGGUCUGCUAUUGGGAUUGUGGUUUAUACCGGCAUUGAGACCAGACAGCUGUUGAACACCACCAAGACAGGGGUUAAAACUGGUUUACUUGAACUUGAAAUCAACAAAUUGGCUAAAAUUUUGUGUGUUACAGUAUUUUUGUUAUCAGCCUCCUUGGUGUUUGCCAAAGGAUGGCCCUUGAAAAAAACCUGGUACAUCGAUAUAUUAAGAUAUUUGAUUUUGUUUUCGACGAUUAUUCCCGUUUCUUUGAGAGUCAACUUGGACUUGGCCAAGUCUGUUUAUGCUUCUCAGAUUCAUAAGGACAAGGAAAUCAACAACACCAUUGUCAGAACAUCUACCAUUCCAGAAGACCUUGGUAGAAUAGAAUAUUUAUUGAGUGACAAGACAGGAACUUUAACUCAGAACGAUAUGGAGUUGAAGAAACUCCACUUGGGAACUGUUAGUUACGCAGGUGAUACAUUGGAUAUGGUCAGUGAGUAUAUCAACAACAGCUUGAAUAACAUGAGGGCCUCAAACAAUCUAAUCACUUCUAGCAACAUGAAGAAAAGAGACUUGAGUAACAAAGUCUACGACUUGGUGUUGACAUUAGCACUUUGUCACAAUGUUACCCCCACGCAUGACGAGGAAUCGAAUAUCGAUGCCGAUGAAGUAACAUACCAAGCUGCUUCUCCUGACGAAAUUGCCAUUAUCAAAUUCACCGAAAGUGUAGGCUUGAAGUUGAUACAAAGAGAUAGAACGUCGAUGACAUUGUUGCAUUUGAAGCUGAACCAAACAUUCAAGUUUGACAUCUUGUACAUUUUUCCAUUCAGCAGUGAGACUAAGAGAAUGGGGAUUGUUGUAAAGGACUUAACCAAGGAUGAAGUAUUUUUCAUGGAAAAGGGUGCUGAUUCUGUUAUGAUGAGCAUCGUUAGUCACAGCGAUUGGCUUGAAGAAGAAACUAGCAACAUGGCAAGAGAAGGCUUGAGAACGUUGGUUAUUGGAAAAAAGAAGAUGAGUGAAAAGCUUUUGAAGGAUUUCGAGUCCAAUUACAAAGAUGCCAGUUUGGCUAUGCAUGACAGAGAGUCAUCGAUGCAACAGGUGGUAGUGAACUACUUGGAGCAGGAGUUGGAGUUAUUGGGGUUGACCGGUGUUGAAGAUAAGUUACAGAAGAAUGUCAAAUCGUCGAUCGAGCUAUUGAGAAACGCCGGAAUUAAAAUCUGGAUGUUGACCGGUGAUAAAGUAGAAACCGCCAAAUGUGUUUCUAUUAGUUGUAGGUUGAUUACAAGAGGUCAAUACAUUCAUCAGAUCACCAAAAUUAACCACCCGGACCUCGCAUUGAACCAUUUGGAGAUGUUAAAGAUCAAUUUGAAUUCGGUGUUGCUAAUCGAUGGGGAGAGUUUGUUGACAUACAUGAAACAUUUCCCGGAAGAAUUCUUCAGACUUGCUAUUCAAUUGCCUACUGUAAUUGCCUGUAGAUGUUCUCCACAACAGAAGGCUGAUGUCGCCAAAAUCAUCAAAGAAAUUACUGGAAAGAGAAUCUGCUGUAUCGGGGAUGGGGGGAAUGACGUCAGUAUGAUCCAGGUAGCCGAUGUGGGGGUGGGAAUUGUUGGAAAAGAAGGAAAACAGGCGUCGUUGGCGGCAGACUUUAGUAUCGACCAGUUCUAUUAUCUUUGCAAAUUGUUAUUAUGGCAUGGCAGAAACUCGUACAAAAGAUCAUCCAAGCUCGGCCAGUUUAUCAUGCAUAGAGGUCUCAUUAUAUCGGUAUGCCAGGCGGUGUACUCGAUCUGCUCCGACUUUGAGCCAUUGGCCUUGUACCAAGGAUUUUUGAUGGUCGGGUAUGCCACCAUCUAUACGAUGAUGCCGGUGUUCUCGUUGACACUUGACUGUGAUGUCGAUGAAAACCUCACCAAGUUGUAUCCUGAACUCUACAAGGAAUUGACCCUCGGCCGGUCUUUGAGCUACAAAAACUUCAUUAUCUGGUGCAUAAUCUCACUUUACCAGGGAUGUGUAAUCCAGCUCUUGGGUCAGAAAUUCCAAGGAGUAGAGCUAGAUACCUUCACCACCAUGGUGUCGCUUUCAUUCACAGCACUCAUCUUCAACGAAUUGAUCAUGGUGGGUCUCCAAAUUAAUCGGUGGAACAUGAUUAUGAUCAUCACCGUGACGGUAACAGUUGUUAUCUACGUGACCCUGGUGCCAUUCUUACCCGACUACUUUAACCUCGACUAUAUGUCGUCAUUCUCCUUUAUAUGGCAGUGUGUGGUGAUUUUGGUGAUAAGUUUGUUCCCGGUAUUUUUGUUCCAAACCAUCAACCGGAGAUUGAGACCCCCUAGUUACGCCAAAGUGCAACAGGACUAAGAAGAAUGAUAACGUGAAACAUAUUUACCUUGCCCGUUAUCAGCUGUUAAAGGUAAAAUGCAACCUGAAUGCCCCUGCAUGCCCCUAUCUUACGGUAGCCAAUGACCUC